AUGGCAACCAUUUUUCAUGCGCAGGUUCUCCUGUUGCUGCUUGCGAUGCCAGUGGGCGUGCCGAACCCAGUCACACUCAGCGUUUUCCAGUUGCGGGUGAUGGGCUCAAGGGCCACCACAUCAGCUUGCACUUCUGCGACAGACAGCGAAGAGCGGACCGCCCUCCUGCAGAAGCCAGGACACGUUCAUGGAGCCAGCGAUGUCGAUGUCAUCGACGACGAGUUGGAUCACGAUGAAGGGGUGCAAGGUACGUGUUACCCUUCGCUGGUUCCAAUCUGUCGUCGCCGCCGGCGAGACGGAAAUUGCAACCACUACGGCGUGUGUGACAGUUGCCGGCGCCGACGACGCAUGGGUACUGAAGAUUCUCAUGGCGACUGUAGCUAG